AUGGCUAACCCACAAGCACAAAAGAUAUCACCUGCCGGGAUUCAAUUGUCCACGGGUAACUGCGAUUCAGCAACUGGGAUAUACAACCAAUCAGCACACAUCGCCGUCGACAUGUCGACUGAUUCGGCUCAACCUAACAGACCUUUGUCUUAUCUACUAGAACAUGCAAAUAGAGAAGAGUACCUUAAGACAUGUGUUCCCCUCUACAAGUAUGCACUAAAGGGCGAUUGGGAAGAUGCAGAACGAAUCUUGAAAAGGGACAGGAAUCUUCUGAGAGCUAGCAUAUCUAGAGGAUAUGAAACAGUCCUUCAUGUUGCAGCAGGAGCAAGACGUGUUCACUUUGUGGAGAAACUGAUCAGCAUGAUGGACGAAGAAGAUUUGGCACUGCAGGACGUAAAUGGAAACACUGCCUUAUGUAUUGCUGCCGCGGCUGGAUCUCUAGACAUUGUCCAGAUUUUGUUACAGGAGAACAAGUCUUUACUAUCGAUUCGAGGCGGUAAAGAUAUGACACCAACCUAUAUAGCUGUCGUGUUCGGACAGUCGGAAAUUGCAUGGCACCUGUACAAGUACCCUGGAAGUGACAAGAUGUUGGAGAAAACAGACCGCGAAAACUUGUUCUUUUCUUCCAUCAGCAAUGGUUUGUAUGAUUUGGCCUUAGAGUUGCUGAAUGAUGAUAGAACAUUAGCAACAGCACGUACUGCAUCGCAGAAAUAUAAAACGGCCUUGCAUAUAUUGGCACGAAGGCCUUCGGCAUUUGGUGGCAGCCAAAGUCCAGGAAUGUGGAGUAGACUCAUUAAAUCAUGUUUGAUGAAGUUUUCUUGCAAAGGAAAGUUAAAUCAAGCUGAUGAAGCACUUCAGCUGGUCCAACGCCUUUGGGAAGAAAUUUUGAAAGAUGAGCAUGAAGACGUGAUGAGGCUGAUCAAAUAUCCUACAAAUUUAUUAUUUGACGCUGCGGAAUUAGGGAAUCAUGAGUUCCUGGCAGAGCUUAUGAGCUCAUAUCCUGAGUUAGUAUGGGAAACUGAUGACAGAAAUAGAACCAUAAUCCAUGUCGCAGUUCUGCAUCGUCAUGCAAGUAUCUUCAAUCUAGUGCAUGAAAUAGGCUCAAUCAAAGACGUCAUAGUAACAUUUGCUGAUGAUCAGGGUAACAACAUUGUGCAUAUGGCUGCAAAAUUGGCACCUCAAAAUCAAUUAAAUCUCGUGUCAGGCGUAGCUCUUCAAAUGCAUCGAGAGUUGGUAUGGUUUGAGGAAGUCAAAAGAAUUGUUCAACCUCAGUACAUAGAGAUGGAAAACCAGCAAGGAAAAACACCUCAAGAACUAUUCACAAAGGAGCAUAGGGCGCUAAUGCGUCAAGGAGAAUCAUGGAUGAAGGACACUGCAGCUUCAUGCUUGCUCGUUGCGACUAUUAUUGCAACUGUAGUGUUUUCAGCUGCGUUUAGCAUACCGGGUGGCACAGAUGAUCAUACCGGAAAGCCGAAUUUCUUCAAAGCAAAAAUGUUCUUAUACUUCACCAUAGCCGACGGACUAGCACUCUUUUCGUCUUCAACUGCAAUGCUGAUGUUCUUGUUCAUACUGACCUCACGGUAUGCAGAAAACGAUUUUCUCAACUCCUUACCGCUGAAGUUGAUGAUAGGACUCACUUCCCUGUUCAUCUCUAUCGCAUCGAUGAUGAUGGCUUUCAGCACCGCCUUCUAUUUGUCGUGUCAAUAUGAAUCAAGAUGGCUUUCAGAAUUUACAUUUUUAUUUGCACUUGUCCCAGUUGCUUUGUUUGGGUUUAUGCAAUUCCCUCUCGAAGAGGAGGAAGAGGAGAUAGAGGAGGAGCUUGCAGAUGUGACCUUUGGGGAUUUGCAGAAGGCGCGAUCCAACGGCUCGCAUGUCUUGUUGCCUCCUCACCCUAAAAAUGACAAGAAGAAGGCUGCCCGAGCUAACAAGAACCGGUAUUGCUUUAUACUUAUUUAUUUACUUUUGUAA